AUGGCUAGCACUCUUUAUGAUGGAACCAUUGUGGUGGACAAGGCCAUCCUCGGCACCCUGUCCCACAUACUCCACAAAGCGGAGGAACGACCCAAUGCUAGCGCUCUGCUCCAGGCACGACUCGUCGAAGACAUGCACCCGCUGGACAACCAAGUCCGGCUUGCCACCCAAUUCUCAGAGUUCCUCGUCGCCCGAUUGACCGGUCGAGAGCCGGUAACAUUCGAAGGAAACCCUAAGACAUUCGCUGAAUGCUACGAGCGCAUUGACACCGUGCUGAAGUCGCUCAACGAGGCCGACAAGGAUGUUGUCAACCAACGCGGCGAUGCACUUGAACUCACACAGCUGGGACCAACCAAAAAGGCAGAAAUGAGCGGCGCAGCAUAUGCCCAUACCGUUACCCUGCCGAAUAUUUACUUCCAUGUUACUACUGCUUACGGGAUUCUGCGAAAGGAGGGAGUGGCACUCGGCAAGCUGGACUUUUACACCGGCUACUUCCCUACAUAUCCCGCUACUGCGACUCAGUAG